GUCCUUAGCGGGCACCCGUACAGAAAAGCGGCGCAGCCGCGGUGGGCGGAAACCGAAAGAACCUUUCCGGCGCGAGUUCUAGGCAGCGGCCUUUCGCUCCAGCCGAGCCGGGAGGAGAGACGCUCGCCCAGCCGACGCCAGAAGGACGUGGUGGUGCAGGAGGCCAUGUUCCGCAUCGAGGGCCUGGGGCCCAAGCUGGACCCCGAGGAGCUGAAGCGGAAGAUGCGCGAGGACGUCCUCUCCUCCGUCCGCACCUUCCUCAUCUACGUGGUCGCGCUGCGCAUCACUCCAUUCAUUUUAAAGAAGCUGGAAAGCAUAUGAAAACAAAAGAACAUCAAGGACGGGCUGAAUGGAAGACCCAGGCGGACAGUGGUUGCUCUCCCAUUGAAUGGGCUGCGAAGAAGAGGCUCUGUAUCCUGACAAAAGCAUCCAGACAUUUCCUACUGAAAUAUUUGAGAAGAUUGUAGAAGAGCCAAAGAGAGAAAGCCAGUAACAGUUAUUUACAUGUGUCAGUAUGCGAUUUCUUUAUGUUUGGUACAAAUUUAUUGUUCUUCAGAGAUUAUAUCAACCGAUUUGGGAAAAUUGCUACCUGUAAACAGAGUUCUUUGGAACAGAGCUUAUCUCUGAGAUGUUAAUGAUAUGCUUAUCACCAGAGUAUCUCAUUGUAUCCUGUGCAGCCUUGGUGGUUAAAUCUUGAAUGGCUGAAAUAAAAUGUGGCAUAUGUUCUAAACAUGGCAUUCUACAAUUAC